ACCCGUGUUAGAAAAUAGAACGCCUUUGUGUCCGUGUCCGCGCUUUGACGGCGACUCACACCAUCUUCUUUUUUUCAACAUUAUUUUAUCUAUUUUUUCUUGUUUCUUCAGUUCUCUUUUACAGUGUCCCUCGUUUGUUCUUUCCCAUCCUUGCCCACAGCUAUCUUAUCAUUCCGGCUCCCACUUUUUUCAUUGGGUAAUUACGGCACCUAAUUAAACCGCACCUUCUUUUUCAACUACCGGGUGUCCUUCCCAUCAGCGGGAGCAACCGCUCGUCGAUCCUUGAAGGCAGCAUCAUGGCCGAAGAAGGAGGUCACGGUGCUGUUGUAGCCCCGAACGCUCAUGCUCCCAGUGCUCCGGGUGGCGGUCAUCAUGGUCCCGCCGAGAACCUCGUCAUCAACACGCAAGGCGCCACGACAAACGGCAACGCUACGAAAAACCCUCCUCGCGAGGAGAUCGCUUCCUUGACAUCUCCGCGUCUCAUCACGCCGAACCCCUUCAGCCGGAAGAACACGUCUCUGGAGAUUGACGAUUACUUUACCGGGCCCCGUGACAUCCAAAAACACUCGAAAUGGCCCAUCUUCCUCCAGAUGCACGGGAGCAUCUUGCCCAAGCUUAUCCUCCCACUGCUCGCUGUUGCCAUGUGGUCGACCUGGAUUACGUGUAUUCACGUCUUGGUCACUCCAAUCAGCAUCGGCAGCGUUCUGCUUACCGUUCUCGGUUUUGUGGUCGGUCUGGGGCUCUCGUUCCGCAGUUCCACAGCAUACGAACGCUACGCCGAGGGCCGGAAAUACUGGGCACAGCUCAUCCUGGCAAGUCAGAAUCUCGGGCGCACCUUCUGGCUGCACACGGCCGAGCGCAGUGACGUUCCCGAGGAUCAGAAGGAGGAAUACAAGAGGCGAGACGUGCUCGAGCGGUUGACGGCCAUGAACCUGAUCGUCGCGUUCUCGGUCGCGCUCAAGCACAGGCUCCGGUUCGAGCCGUACACAUGCUACGAGGACAUUUCCAGCCUUGUUUCCCACCUCCGCACCUUCGCUCAGGCCGCGACCCAGGAGGACCACGACAAUGCUCAGCGAACACUCAGGCGCCACGGUUUCUUCAAGAGCGUGGGCGAGUACCUCGGCGUCUCCUUCGCCGAGAGCAACCCGCGCAAGGCCGUCAAGAAAGCCGGCCGCCCCCUGGGAAACUUGCCGCUCGAGAUCCUCUCGUACCUCGCCAGCUAUGUCGACGAACUGGCCCUCUCUGGCCGACUCCCCGUCCCGAUGCAGCAGACCAAUGCCUACAAUAACAUUGCCGCCCUCAACGACGUGCUGGUAGGGACGGAGCGCGUGCUGAAUACCCCUCUGCCCAUCGCCUAUUCGAUCGCCAUUGCGCAAAUCACGUGGGUGUACAUCCUGGUCUUGCCGUUCCAGCUUCUCGCGACAGUUGGCGAUCAGACUUGGAUCACGAUCCCGGCCACGGUGGUAGCCGCGUAUAUCAUCCUCGGCAUCCUCUUCAUCGGCCGCGAAAUCGAGAACCCCUUCGGACAGGACGUCAAUGACCUCCCGCUCGAGGCGUACUGCGCUCAAAUCGCGUCCGAGAUGGAUAUCAUGGCUAGCCUUCCCAAGCCCAAGAGCAGCGAAUGGAUGGAAUCCAUCGAUAACCGCGUCCUCUGGCCUCUCUCCAGCUCCGGCUGGCCCGUGUGGAUGAGCCGGGACGAAGAUAAGAUUCGCGAGGCUAUCAUCCACAAGGUCGAGGCGACGUUCAUCAGCCAGAAGGGCGAGGAGGCGGUAUUGAAGGGUCAGUCCAGCUCGGAAAAGUCGGGACAUGAGCAUUCCAAGAGAUCCAUGAGCGACGUUUGAGGAGCAGCACCUUUGCAUCUUUGCACGAGAAAACAAAGCAAAAAAUAAUUAGAGGAAAAACAGGUUUUUGGGCGGCAGGAACUGGCGGCUUAGUCACUGAGGAUUCGGCUGGCAGGGGUCAUUAAAAAAUAAGCAGGCGGUCGGGUGUUUAUUAACCUGUGAUAGAGUUGCGAUUAAUCUUUUUUUAUUUUUUUUAUUUUUUUAUUUUUUGCUUUACCGAUUUCAAAUCCAUUCUUCAUUAGAAGUCUGUAACUACCGGAGAUUUAUUCGAAGUCUAGUCUGAUCAACCAUGUUAUGAAUGGACACCCGACAUAUGCAAUGA